GCACCUCCCCGGCCUCGAGGGACGUCCGGCACCGCAGACGCCGGACGUGGGGAGCGCCGCUUGUCGCCCGCGGCGGUUGUAGCGGAGCCGGGCUGAGGGGUCUCCUCGCCGCUCUCCUCGGGGGCGAAGGGACCGUCGACCCGGCGGCGCUCGGGUACGCUGGGCGGUCCCGGGGAAGAGAGAGGGAGCGCCCCGCGUGCAGGAGGAAACGCGGGACUUCGGCCAGGAGGAGAGCGUUUCAACGUCGACAGGCGGAGAAGGAUUAUUCAAGAUAAAGUUGUAGCCAUUUUCAACAAGAACCAAUGAUCAAAAUUUUUCUUUAUAUAAAGAGAUUUCCAAGUUAAAGAUGAAAGGAAAGUACUGGAAUUGUUUGGAUUCUAACUGACAGGAUAAAGAACAUAGUAUUUCACAGUUACUUGGAAUGGAACCUUAGUAAAAUUCAUCACUUUGUUAUGCACCCACCUGGGAACAUGGAUGUUGGUUUUUCUCGUUCUACUGUUCAGACACUGUCAAGGAGCCACUGCAAAGACAUCAAACAAAAAAUUUCUCAGUGGGAAGGAAGAACUAAUGGCAUAUCUAGUCCAGAUAAGUGGCACCCAAAGGACUUUGGAGUGAGAUACAAGAACUGUCAUCAGGAGAUUCUCAAGAAAAAUUCUAUUGCUGAGGGAAAGAGCAAAAAGUUGGAUGUAACCAACUCGCAAAAUGUCGGUCUAGAUAUUAAUGAAGAUACCAAAAGCCAUGAUCGAAGUGAGGAUGAAAGUGAGAAACGUGAAUAUGAUGGUACACGCUUCUUUAGAAACGAAUCAGAAUCCAAUUGGGUAUGUUCUCGGGUCAAACAAAUUGAAAGCUGGAAAGAAGUUGUUUUGAAUCCAGAGACUGCAUUACCUCCAGGAAAUUUCUAUACCUCACAAAUACUGUGGAAGAAAAUAGAAGCACUUCCUCCAGAUAAAGUCUUAAAUUUGGCUUUAGAACAUUGUGACACUUCAGAAAAAGAACUGAAUUUCAGAGUCCUGGAUAGCUCCUAUGGAAUAACCAAGAGCUUAGAAAAUAUUUACUCUGAACCUGAGGGACAAGAAUGUGGACCUUCUAUAAACCCUUUGCCCAAACCCCGUAGGACAUUCAGAUAUUUAUCUGAAUCUGGUGUUAUGCCAUAUAAAGAAAGAAACUGUGACAGAAAAUACUGUGAAAAUAAUUCUUGUGCAGAGCCUUCUUUGGCCUCCUCUCGGGAACCUGAACCAAAGAAAUAUGGCGGAAAAAUCAGAAGGAGAUCUAAAAGGAAAUCCUUUGAAUUUGAAGAUAUUCAGCACUUUCGAAAUCGGAACACACAGAAGAUUCAUGAAGAACUUGGAAGAAAUUCUGGCUCAGCACUUUAUUACACACAGUCUGAGGACAAUAUCUAUGAAGAUAUCAUAUAUCCCACCAAAGAAAAUCCAUAUGAAGAUAUUCCAGUGCAGUCUUUUCCCAUGUGGAGAUCCCCUUCAGCAUGGAAGCUACCACCUCCUAAAAGUGCUUUCAAAGCACCCAAGCUUCCUCCCAAACCUCAGUUCCUUUGCCGGAAGACUAUGGAACUGAAGAACUCACAAGCUUAUUUCCGGUCAAAGCUCACAAAAGAUACCACUUUGCCCGUCACUUUAACUGAAUGGAAGCUUUUUCGAGCUGGAGAAGUUGCAAACAGGAAAAGGAAAAAUCUUCCAAGGCUUGUAUUGAAAAUAGAUGACAUAUUUGAAUCAAAGAGAGGGAAGAAGAGAGUAAAGUUACACCCUUACAUUGGAAAAGACGUACCUCCCUCAAAAGGUGAAACCAGUGGGAACGAAAGUGAUGCUGAGUAUCUGCCAAAGAAUCGUCACAAGCGCUUAGCACAACUCCAGCAGUCUUCCAAGAGGAACCCUCACUACCAGACCUUAGAGCGGGAUCUCAUUGAAUUACAGGAGCAGCAGCUGUUUGAACUUUUUGUGGUAGUGUCGCUACAGAAGAAACCAUCAGAAAUAAGCUACAGUCCCCAGGUCAUACAACAGUUCCCUAGCAAGGGUGAUCAUGGCUUUAAACAAUCCAAAGACACAGAAGAGAGGCUCAAAGUUAUCCCCAAAUUUUGUUUUCCUGAUUCAAAGGACUGGGUGCCAACCUCAGAACUCAAGAGUGAAACGUUCUCCUUUGUUUUAACUGGUGAAGAUGGGAGCCGGUGGUUUGGUUACUGUAAGAAGCUUUUGCCAGAAGGCAAAGGAAAGCGACUCCCUGAGGUAUACUGCAUGGUUAGUCGUCUAGGCUGCUUCAACCUUUUUUCAAAGAUUCUGGAUGAAGUAGAGAAGAGAAGAGAAAUGUCUCCAGCCCUGGUUUACCCAUUCAUGCGAAGUGUCAUGGAAGCCCCUUUCCCAGCUCCUGGACGCACCAUUACAGUUAAGAGCUACCUCCCUGGGGCUGGAGAUGAGUCCAUUGAGCUGUGCCGACCACUGGAUUCCCGAUUGGAACACGUUGACUUUGAAUGUCUCUUUAAGUGCCUGAGUGUGUGUCAUCUGAUCCGGGUCUGUGCCUCUCUCCUUUUGGAGCGGAGGGUAAUCUUUGUGGCCAACAGCCUAAGCACCCUGUCAAAAUGUGGCCAUGCUGUGGUUGCCACGCUGUAUCCAUUUACCUGGCAACACACCUACAUUCCAGUCCUGCCGGCAUCCAUGAUUGACAUCGUGUGCUCACCUACUCCAUUCCUUAUUGGAAUCCUGUCUUGCUCCUUACCACAGCUCCAGGACCUACCCAUCGAAGAGGUGCUGAUAGUUGAUCUCUGUGCGGACAAGUUCUUACAGGAGGUAUCUGAUGAGGAUGAAAUUCUACCACCUAAACUCCAAGCUGCCCUAAUGCAGAUUUUGGAAGAACGAAAUGAAAUCUUGGCUCAGGAGCAGAACUUUUCACAAGAUGUGACACUCAACUCUCUGGUGUCCGAAGCAUUUGUCAGGUUUUUUGUGGAGCUGGUGGGACAUUAUUCUUUGAGCAUGACUGUCACUGAGCGUGGGGAGCGUGUAUUUCAAAGAGAGCCAUUCCGUAAAUCCCACACCUCCCGAAGUGUUCGCCACUUCCUGGAUCUCUUCAUGGAAACUCAGAUGUUUGCAGGAUUCAUCCAAGACCGAGAGCUUCGGAAAAGUGGGGUGAAAGGUUUGUUUGAGGUCCGGGCCUUCCAGUAUUUGGAAACAAUUCCUGAGUCUGAGCCCAGUGGGGUGAACAGAAUUUUGCGGAGUCUUGGAAGUAAAAUGAAAUUUCUGCAGAAGAAGUGAAAUCUUUGAUUGACUGUCUCAUCCUACAUAGAACAGAAAGUGCCAAAGAAAAUACCUUUCCAGGCAUCAGGACGCCCUACAGUAUUCUACAAAAUCCUUGAAAAUUGACAAGUUUGCAGAGUGGGCCGAUUCUUGGAGGAUUCUCUUGUUGCUACUAUAGUCAUCACUGGAGAAUUGUUGGGAGUCGUCUGGAAGCAGUGCUCUCUCUACACUGCCUCUAAUUUAAGUGGCCUUUUCCAUUUGAUUCUUAGACUCAUUCUUUGUGUUUUGUGCUUAGUCUAUGAAGGCACUUGUCUUUCACAAGGGAAAGACUUGGUGUUGCAUUUUGAAAAACAGAUCAAAGAUGAGCACAAUCAGAGAAGAAGCACAAUGAGGGAGUAAGGUACUAGGGAAGCAUGAUAGAAGUGGAGAACACUAGCCCUACACACAUAAUUCUCAUCGCUGAAAUGCCAUGGCAGCUUUAAACCUGUGGGCCUUUGAGCUAAGGAAUAUACUCAUCACAUGUAUCUCUUCUUGUCUGAUGUUCCGCCUCGGGGAGUCUCACAUGUAUGGAAGCCCUAUUUAUUAGUACUGUUACUGAGUAGCUUAUAAAAGUAGACAACAUGCAACUCCUGCUCCACGUUGUGUGGCACUUGAGUAGCUUGUCCCUCAUGUGUCAACGUUCAACUGUGGAAUUAUAACUAGUAGGAAAAUGUCUUUUCAAGGGCAUGAAAACAUUUUUUAGUGUCCACCAUGUACCAUGCACUGUGAUACAUGUGUCUUAUUCAGUCUUUAAAUCAACUUUCUGAGAUAUUUCCAUUUCCAUUUUACUAAGGAAGAAACUGGAAUUCAAAAACAUUAAGUAACUUGCCCAAAGUUGUACAACAGAGUUAGAACUGUUAGUUUGUGAACAGAGAAAGUUGGUUAGUCCUGCAGAUGGAAAUUUGAGCUCUGUGGGAUUGUAUUGAAAAAGUUUUCUUCUAAGUUAAAGUGUAGCAGAGCCAACUCUGAGCUCUGAGGAUAACGGAUUUCAAACUAGAUGACACUCUUUUUUUUUUUUCUGGUUCCCCUAUAAUUGUUGGACUUUUUGCUCUAAUUAAAUUGGACUGAGAAUAUGAACAUUUCCUGGACAUACCGUCACAUAAUCACCCCAACCUUUAAUAUGUAAAGUAGUAGUAGUGAUUGGAAAGAGGUAUUUGUCAGUGAUGGUGCAAUUUCAUUGAUGUUAUAGCAAAUGGCAGUUUGUUUUCUUCAACUCUUGCUGAUGGUUUGAAUUGGCAUAAAAAAUAUUUAUUUAAACUUAACAAAGCCUUACCAGUUGUAUGAGGAUACAAUUUAUUGACUUGUACCGUAUUGUCAUUAUUUCCCGCUCUGGUGUGCAUGAAUCUGAAGCUGACACCAUUUAAGACCGGUGCUGUAUAAUUCGUAUAGAUGUCGGUCCAGAAAAUAGAACUGAGCCUGUGUCUUUUUUAAAAUGUUCAUUAAGCAGCUUACCCCAUGGGGCUUUUACCAGGUAUCACCCCAUUUGGUCUCUUCUGACACUCCAACCCUGAGGGAACAAGUAGUAUUUGGGAAUUGAGUGUUUCUAAAACGGGGGUAGGAGUUAUUACUGUGGUGGAUCCUGGCUAUCCCUCUGUGAGGAGACCUUUGCUUCAGGAAUAGGGGUUUUAUUUUAUCCCUACGAUCUGAAGCUGCUUCCUUUUCUUGGGUCUGUUUUAUUUUUUUGUAAAGUUUUACGAAUUCUGGACAUGUUUGUAAAAGAAUUUCUCAAGAUUUGUAUAAAAUGUUGUUUACAGUUCUAAUGAAUAAACACAAAAAUUCCAUGGUC